AUGGCCUUUCCGGGGAUGGGCAUGGGCAUAGGCCUCGGCGUUGGUAUGGGUGCUGGUGUGCCGAUGGGUGCGACCCCGGGUCCGGGGGUGCCACCAGGCGGACAGCACACGCAGGGGCAGCAGCAGCAGCAGCCGGGGCAAGCGUACUGGGGGAUCAACAACGGCUGGGGGGCAAUUUUGCCUGCCGCGGCUGAUGAAGGAGACGAGCCGCAUGACACGUUCGACAAGCAGGACGAUAUGCUCCUGAUUGGUAUGCUGAAGAAAGCCAAGCAUGCGAACAAGUCUGCCCGCAAGGGCCUCAAGAGGCUACACGAUAUCCACGGUCAUUCGUCAAGAGCUUGGACGAACCACUUCCUCGAUAACCUGGAGCGCCUUUACCCGAAGAUCUACCUGGGUGAGCCCAUGUCUGACGACGAUCGUGCGGCUGAAGAAGUGGCGCCCGAAAGCUCUGCGUCUAAUGUCGGCCCUCGAAUCGCUCCCGCUCUCCGUAAAAGCGGCCACAGAGCCGGACAGACUGCCCGCCGUACGGGGGUCCCGGUCAAGCUCGAAAAGCGAUUCGCCGCUGAGACGCACGCGCGAAGGCGUGCUGCGUCGCCCGACUCGGAUGACUCACCUCGUUCCUCCAAGCGCCGCAAGACAGACCGCGUUUCUUCCCCCGCUGCCGGCAUGAAGGCCGAGGUGACUAUCAAGAAGCCGGCCAAGAAGGGCCCCGUCGCCAAAGCCGCUGCGGCGUCCUCAAGCAAAAGUGGAUCUCCGUCCGGGACCUCGAAACUGACCGUGCCCGUCAUCACGCCCGCGAACCGCCCGCGACGGGGGGGCCCGAUCAUCGAGUACCACGACGAGACGCAGAUCCCGCACGCGGACCCGGCGACGCGGCCGGUGCCGCCGAAGCGUAAGGCGGGCGAGGACCACCGGCGGUUCACGGACGCGGAGAAGGUGUUCUUCAUCCACUUCCUCCGCCACAAGCUCUUGCACCAGCCCGAGCUGACCAAGGACGAUCUGCACCAGAAGCUGGCCGCCCACCGCCGAGGCGUGGAAGCGGCACUGGGACGCCCACCCGAUGCUCCCCGACGAGAUCUUCAUCCAGGCCCAGAAGCGGGCCCGCGGCAAAAAUUCGUCCCGCUGCGGUUCCCCACCUCGAGCGACGAGGAAGAGGAAGAGGCGACGAGACAAGACGCCGAUUCGGACGAAGAGGGGGAUGACGACGACGACGACGACGGCGACGACGAUGACGACGACGCCGAGGACGAAAACGAGGAUGACGACGACCAAGAGGAGGAAGACGAGGACGGAGACUACGCCCAGGGCGCGCGAGAUCCGGCCGUCUCGCCCCUCCGCCGCGGCCGCUACAGCAAGGCCGAGUUCGAGGCCAUCGCGCGCUUCAUGCUCGAGAAGCGCGACGUCUGGGACAAGAUGAGCGAGAGGGCGCGCUGGAAGGAGUUCGCCGCGCGUCCAGAGCACGCCGGGCGUUCGCGCGAAUCGUGGCGGACCGCUGCGGAGACCCACGCGUCGAACAUCAAGAAGAUAUACGACGAGUUGCUCGAGGAGCUGGAGGAGUCCGCCGAGUCGAAUGCUGACACGCCGCCGCAGAACGACUCGGCGAAGGGUACGUCGAACGAGGAAGCCGUCGAGGAAGCGCGCGCACCCCGCGAGGAUGACGCCGAGCCGUCCGUGCUGACCACACUGACCCCGGACUCGGAACCGAUCGUGCAGGCGAACGAGGGCGAAGCGAUGUGA